AAUUAUCGUACUAAUUGGAUAAUAUGAAUGUAAUUAGGUUUUCCCUACUCCCAAUUAUUGUAUGAAUUCAUAUCUUGCGGGUUGUAAAACAUUUAAUAAUCUACGUAACUUGUUUUCAACAAAAAAAAAAAAAAAUAGGAUGUCAGAUUUUUUUAAAAAAUAAUUUAUGAGGUCAAAAUUAAACGGAUAAAACAGAAAUUUAUAAACCACUUCUACAACAAACCUCCACCCCCCAAAAGAAAAUCAAAAUACAACAAAAGAAAGGUAGAAUUGCUAUCACUCUGCACACAGAAGAUGUUUCUCAGCAUUGAACUGAUAAAGUUGAUGUGGCUGCAAUCUUUCACCAUUCUUCCCCUCAUCCUCUUCUUGUUCUUCCUCUAUAAAUGGCUUCACACAAAAUCAACUCCCAAGAAAAUCCUACCUCCUUCUCCACCAUGUCUGCCAAUUAUAGGCAACCUUCAUCAGCUGACUCACCCUCACCGCGGUCUCCAAUCACUAUCUGAUCAAUAUGGGGAGCUCAUGCUGAUUCAUCUAGGGAGUGCACCCACCCUCGUCGUUUCCUCUGCCAAAGCAGCUCACGAGAUCAUGAAAACAAAUGACAUUGCAUUUUCCAAUAGGGUAAUUAGAAAGACAGCCAGCAAGCUUCUCUACAAUGGCAAAGACGUUGCAAGAGCUCAGUAUGGCGAGUAUUGGAGGCAGAUGAAGAGUAUAUGUGUUCUUCAGCUCUUGAGUAACACAAGGGUUCAUCUUUUCGAGUGUCAGGAAGAAGAGAUUGCUCUAUGUAAAAAGAUUGAAGAAUCAUCAUCUUCAGUUGUGAAUAUAAGUGAGAUGUUUAUAACUUUUACAAAUAGUGAUAUUCAGGUGGUUGGAAGGACAUAUAGUGGUAAAGGAGGGGUAAAUUUCAAGGAGCUAUUGAAGAGUUCUUAAAUGUUAGGCAGUUUUAGAGUUGGGGAUUCGUUCUGGCUGGCUUGGAUUAAUUGGCUUGAUGGGUCGGAUGCAAAGUGGACAAAGUUCUAAGAGUUCGAUCAGUUUCUUGACCAGGUUGUCAAAGAACACGAGGAUGGUCGAGGAAGAGCAGAAAGUGGUGAGGGUGAAAAAAUAGAUGUAAAAGACUUGGUAGAUGUUUUACUUGAUGUUCAGAAGGAAAUGACGGCUGGUUUUACCAUUGAACGAGAGAACAUCAAAGCUAUAUUAGUGGAUAUAUUUUCUGCGGGGACUGAUACAACAUCCACAGUGCUAGAAUGGGCAAUGACAGAGUUAUUAAGGCAUCCCACAAUUAUGAAUGAACUGCAAAAGGAAGUUAGAAGAAUUACCGGAGAAAAAUUGUACGUAAAUGAAGAUGAUUUGGAGCAGAUGAAGUACUUGAAGGCCGUGAUCAAAGAGACCCUUCGGCUACAUCCUCCAAUUCCCUUGCUGGUUCCUAGACAAUCAAGAGAAGAAACCAAAAUUAACGGCUAUGAUAUUCCAGCAGGAAUAGGCGUUAUAAUCAAUGCUUGGGUAAUCCACACAGACCCUGCUUCUUGGGAUGAACCCGACAAAUUUAAGCCAGAAAGAUUUCUAAAUUCACCAACAGAUUUCAGAGGAAGACUUCAAAUUGUCCCAUUUGGAGCAGGCAGAAGGAUCGCCCCGGAUCACGUUUCCAUUGCUAAAGAGCUUGUAUUAGCAAAUCUCAUUCACAAGUUUGACUGGAUGUUGGUGGCAAACAGUGAUUCUUUGGAUAUGAGUGAAUGCAUCGGACUCACCAAACAUAGAAAUAUUCCUCUUCUUGCUGUACCAACUCCCGUAAUUGCUGGUAGCUGAAAAAAGUAUGUGGCCGUAAUUUUUUUUAGAUAAUAAGCUACUUGAAUAUGCUUCAUGCACUUCCAACAUGAAAUCUGUAUGCUAUAAUACUUUAUAUUUUUUCCUUGCUGCUUGAUAAUCUGUAUGCUAUAAUACUUUAUAUUUUUUC